GGCUCAGAUAGAGUUACAUCAUGAAUAAUUACACACUCACACUGAGAUCAAACUCAGUAAGGCUCAUUUCAGCCUUACACAAGUCACAAAAUGGACAUAGCCGUCCUGCCAAACAACAAUCAUCCAGAGAAAUUCCUGCAGCUAGAUGUGGGAAUGCUGCCGGCUACACAUGGAAUGUUUCAGAUUGGUGCUGCGUUGUCUCAACAAAGGCAGUGGCACAACAGGAUGUACUCGCAGGUAAACUCUUCACUUGCUUAUAAAACACAAUAUAAUGGAAGGGAGAGAGGAAAGGAAGGAAAGCCAACAACAGACAGUCAUGUGUUUGAAGACAGAGAGCUGGAGAAACACAUCACUCCUCAAACUCUAAAACCAAAGAUAAAGCAGAAUCCUCUCUAUUCUCACAUCAACAUCAUCCACACGGAGGAGAACAAGUCCAAACCAUCCUGGACCAUUCAGGACUAUGACAGACACACUGCACAUGGUCACUUGGCAGACUAUAUGAAGGAAGACCCAAGAGAGCUGAGCUUCUGGCUGGAAGAUCUCUACACCCCUGGCUAUGAUUCUUUGCUCAAGAAGAAAGCAGCUGAAAUUAAGAGGAACAAAAUUUGUAAAACAUUUGUAUUCAUCAUUCUGUUCGUUUGUGCAAUAGUGAUCAUUAUUACUGUGCCAAUAGUGGUAACACAAUCUAGAAACUGAUGAAGCCAUGCCAUCCACUUACUCUAGUCUGCAUCCAUUCCUACGAUAAUCUGACAGUUCAGUUGAACAACAGCAAACACUUCACAUCAUUUAUAUGUCAUAUGGUAUAGAGGGGUGGGUCAAUAUGAUAACCGGUAUACUUUUUUUUUUUUUAAUCUAAAUUGCAUUUCGUCUGUUGUGAUUAAUCCACAAGGCUUGUGGUGUAAUAAAAAAGCAAUCCAAAAAAUAUUCUGUUAUAAUGUUUAUUACUAUAACAAUGUAGCCAGCUGGGUUAAAAACUGUAGUUUACUGUUGUAGUUUAGGCUUAAAAUUGAAAGGUUAUUACCUUUUGGAAAUAAUCCAUUAACCCAUUAUGAAAUUAAAUGAAAUGAUAUAAGGAAGGAGUGCAAUCUUCAUGUGAGUAGAUGUUCUGUGAGUCUGAAAUGCAGUACAAGUUAUGCCUCCCACAAUGGAAAAAUGAAUGUCUCAAAUGGAUUUCAAUGAUACAGCCAUUGAAGCAAUCUUUUCGAUAAAUUUGGUAAGACAAAAUUAUAUUGCUCUCCAUUAUAAUCAGGUAUGAAUAACAGCUAUUACUGAAACAUACAAUUAAUUAUACAAAGAAAUAUUGGUCUACUGUACAGUAAUACCAGCUUAAACCUAAACAUAACCAUACACGAUUAAUAAAAUAAAAGGUUAUUUGUAGAUUUACUUGUAGUUUCAUAAUUAAAAUACUUUUAAAUGUGGGGAAAACAAAGAUUCAUCAUCUGUGAGCUACGAAAUACGA